UGGUCUUUAGCACUGCGCCAUCCCUUCGCGGCCUAACUUUGACUUGGUUGCCACUAUAAUCUGAAAGCCAGGCAGAUGUUCUGCUGCUGGGCCCUGCAACAGACAGUUACCUGGAGAUGGAUUUGCAUCUAAUCAUUGUUUGGAUGAUUGUAAUUUUGGACAUUCCUAAUUUUCUCACAUGCAGGUUCACCAUAUCUGGAUUUUCUGCAAAUCAGGUGCUAGGUAUAUGCAAUUAAUGGAGGCUGAGUUGUGUUCUUCUCGGGCUUUGUCUCCGUUUCGGGAAGAAAGUGGAGAUGAAGAGCUCUCAGUGCUUCCCAGGCACACUAAAGUCAUCGUUACGGGUAACAACAGGACCAAGUCAGUGUUGGUUGGGCUGCAAGGUGUUGUGAAGAAAGCUGUUGGUCUUGGUGGCUGGCAUUGGCUGGUCCUUAAGAAUGGGGUGGAGGUGAAGUUGCAGAGGAAUGCUUUGAGUGUUUUAGAAGCUCCAACUGGAAAUGAGGAUGAUGACGACGAUGUCGAUUGUGAUAACUCUUUCUGCAGCAGCUCUGACAUGGGAGAGAAAGAUAUUGAUUACAGUAGCAUAGAGUUCCACAAACCAACAAAGCCGAGAGUUCGGCAUACAAGGCCUUGGACAUCUUCAGCGAAGAAUAACCGAGGCAUCUUCAAAGAUGUCCACUCCCAUGUUUACAAGCCUCAGACGAGAGUAAACUUGUCGAAACUCGGGACGGCCACCUUGUGGAGAUACUGGAGGCACUUCAAUCUGACCAACAUCAAUCAUGUGCAACGAUGUUCAUUCCAGGUGAGCGUCAAUCCUCACCCAUCAAAGGAACAACUGGUUAAUGGCGUGCGGCACCAUUUCCUUUCUCAGCAAUUGGAUGAGAUGCAGGUUAUCGUGGGUUUCAUCCACACGGCAAAAAGGUUGAAGACCAUCUACUCUUAAAGAAGGAAUGGAGGUGGAAGAGUGGUACGUUCCCAAUUGCCAUGGGCUUAUGAAAUAUAUUAUAUCUAAGAGCAUUAUAAGCUCAUUCACAUGUAGCACAGCUGUAGCAACCAUGCUAUAUGAGGUUUUGUAAUGUACUAUCCCGCUGUUAAAGCUAUGAUUUGGUGCUCUUGCAAGAACAAGUUAGAGGAUAUGAUUGAUGUAGCA